UUUAUGGCCAGUUCUCUGAGGUUGUUCUUGGAGCGAUUUGGGAAUAAUGAAAUUGCAAGGGAAAAUGAUAUGUUAAAGCUGUACGUUUCGAUUUUAAAAUAGUAAAUUGUCUAAAUCAGCGAGAAACGUCGAGUUUUGGGUAAUUUCUUCCAAGAAAGAGAAGGUUUCGUGCGAUAGGGAGUCGCUAGUUUCCGACAUGAGUCUACGAGCUGGGAAGAAAGAUACAAAGAUGAGGAUUCGGGCUUUUCCGGUAAGUGUGAGCUUCCCCAGAAAUAAAAAUGCCGCAGUUUAGUCUUACAGCAUUGCUUCAAUCGGCAGUGAUGCCUUGAAUGUUUAUCCAUACUUAUCAGAAUUUAUAGAACCAAGAUGAUUGAGCUAUGCUGAGCAGGCCGAAUAUUAAUUUGGGGAUUUGUAACACGAUUUGCUCCCAAGUCAAACUAAAGUUCUUGGCGAGUCAAGCCAUAAUGUUUGGUCCCGAAUAAGUCACUUGCCCAGCUUUGAGGAACUGUUUGGUUUUAUGAAGGAAAGGGGCUUGAUUUGCAAUUUGGUGACACGUACAUCGCCUCAAAUUGAAGCUUGCGGAAGUACAACUUGUACGAAUGUAGCAUUUUUUGAUGUCGUAGUUCUAAUGAUUCUCUUUUGUCAUCCUUUUUUUAUGUUAUCGAUCCAACUUAUGAUACCUUAGGUUAUGCAGUCUUGAAAUAAAAAAUUUGUACGUGUGUUGUAUUUUUUAAUGCUAUUGUUUGCUGCCACAAACCUAACGUUAACUUUUGAUGCCCAAUUAUGCGUAUGGAUUUUUUUUGUACUUAACUUGAAUUGUGACCUUAUAGUACAUAUUUAGAUCAUAUACUGUAUAAACUGCAAACUGCAUAUGCAUGCAAUCUCUCAUGUCAUUAAGUCUUGCAGCACCAUAAAUGCUUUCUUAGUUUUAGCUCUCUUAUUUUUGUCAAGUAAGGGAACAAUUACAGGAAAAUACAAUGCCUGAACAGCAAAAUUAAAUUUACAGCUUUUUAAAUCAACCUUUAGUUGAUUCUUUUACCAGGAAAACCUGAGUGUUUGGAUUUCAAUCCAAACCAGUCUUUAUUAUAGAUACAGGGAACUUUACCAAUAUCUCUGCAUUAUCUAUGUUCAGUGUGUGUGAUAAUGAGUUUGUGCAAACAGUUUGCAAUCAAAUCGAGACACCAGGCAGAUUUAUGUUGUAAAUGUACAGCAAAGAAAAAAAAUGAUGAUGUGAAUAACCAUUAUUUUUCACUAUGAGGCCAAUCAAGUAGGAGGAAAUUAUUAUUAAUUUGAGGAAAUUAUUAACUUGUCCAAAACAGAAAUUUUAAUCAUUUUUCUUAUAAUGCCAUUACUUCAGAUGUGGAUCAUGAUAUUUCAGCUGCAUACGACUAGUCUUCUUCAGGUAUUGAGACUGGUAGUAUGCAGUCAAAACAUCACAAUCCACAUUGGAAGUGACUACAUUAUGAGAGAAAUGAAUAUAUUUCUUUUUUGAAAGUGUUAUUUGCCAUGAUGACAAACUGUUAGCUAUUUUGGGAUUACUUAUCUUGUUGUAAUUCUGUAGCGUAUUGUUAAGUGCUUAGUUAAAUCGCUUAACGGAAGAUUAACCUUCUAUGCCUCACCUUACCUUUUUGAGUUGAACAAGUGAUAUUUACACUGGUGGUACCUUUAAAAUCAAAUUUGGAUUCAAGCUGAUGUUUUAACUGGCGAUCUAGUGAUAUCAAAUUUUUUUCUGUUUUUAUUGUCAUUUAUGAUUAGUUAUUUUGAGAAGCAGAAUCUUAAUUUUAGAUUUCUAUUUUUGGUUAAUUGAGUUUUUGUGUAUUUAUAUGGGUAUUUUUGGAAUACUGAUUUCUCUCUUGCUAAUUUGAAUUCCUAAGAUCUCACACUGUUUUGCACAUUCUUCUUAUAAUUUUAGUGUUGAAAUUUUAGCGUUCUCCCAUACAACACUUCCUUUUUAUUUUUUUAAUUAUUGAAAUUGUGAGGAGGAACUACUCAUUGGUCACUUCUGGAAGUAGGAGUAAUGUUUACAGUAGAUCCUUCUUGAUAUUGCCUGAUUUUUUACCCUCCGACUCACAAUGUGUAAAAUGAUCUCUCAAUACAAUGAUUUCUUAUUUAAAGUGUAUACAUGUAGGUUUUUUCCCUGAAUUUUAAUUUUUUCUUUCAAUUAGUAAUUCUUGUAUUGGUGUAAGAAAGUAUGCAUUUUCUUUGAAGCAAAUACUUUUUCUAGAACAUGACAUGAGAGAUAGGUGAUGUUUUUGUCAUUUUUCUUACCACACUUAUCACCUUUUUUUGUUAUACAAGCUUUUACCAAAGGGGAUUGCAGUAAUCAUGUGAUCAUUUGCAUGUGGUGGUAAAAUGAUAAGACUAUUCAAUUUGAAAGAGAAUUUCAUGGUAAUCACCUCGACUUGUAUGUCAACUUUCGGUAGCUUUCUUGUUGGGAACAAGAUUAGUAAAAAAAUAACUUGUCUUUUUGAUUAAAAGAAACAUCUCAAAUUUAUAUAUUUCAAGCCCACCUUUGUCUUGACACAGAUAUGAGUUCAGUUUCUACCCCAGCUUUGGGAUUGAAACUCAAAUGUUUUUCCUCUUUCUUUCUUUGCAUAGAUGACUAUGGAUGACAAGUAUGUUGAAGACAUCUGGAACUUGCUGAAGAAUGCCAUCCAGGAAAUUCAGAAAAAAAACAAUAGUGGCCUUAGUUUUGAGGAACUUUAUAGGUGAUAUUUUCAAACUCAAUAAUGAAUUGUUAACUUGUUUCUUCUCUAGGUCUCUCAUAUUUUGCCCUAUAUCCUAUGUGAAAACUCAAUGUAACAACAAAUUUUCUUGGUAUACCUUUAAUUCUCAUGAAGCGGUCAGUGAGAACAAAUAUAGUAGGAUCUUCAUAUACUGAUUACUUUAUCUAUCUACUUCUUGUUGAUUUUGCACAGCCAUGGAUGCAAUGAAAAAAUUUAUCUUUUUCUUUUUUUCUUAUUUCAAACUUAUUGACUUCUGUUCCAGUUAAUAAUUAAGGUACCAUAAACAUUCUUUGGAAUCUCAUUUUUUAUUUGAAAAUCAAAUCGAUAAACUAGUAAAUACUAUGUUUUGAGAUGUUUGGGAGUGGAAAGAGGUAAGCAUUUCUUUUUAUACAUGGGAAAUGUUUUAAAGGAUAGCAAGUUAAAAGUUACUGUUGAUUUGAAUUAAAUAGGAAUGCUUAUACUAUGGUCUUACACAAGCAUGGAGAGAGGUUAUACUCUGGACUCAAACAAGUUGUGACAGAGCAUCUGGUAGAAAAGGUAUUAAACAUGCACUUCCUUUAUGUUGGGGACUUAUUUAGUAUUUUACUAGAGUAUUGACAAAUACAUCAGUCAGUACCUCACUUAGGUUUACAAAUGGGUUUUGCCAAACUGUUGAGGGGACUUGAUGGAAAACUGACACUAGUCUACAUUAAAGAAGAGUAUCUUAUAGGGGGGUUAGAAAGACUCUUGGGACAGGUUUUUUGCACAAGGUCUAACCCAAACUGAGUUGUUACUCAAGCAGUAGGCCUCUGGAAUUCUCUAUUAGAGGGUUGAGUUAAUUAAUUGAUUGUCCUUUCACUAUCAGCUAUUGACCCUCUUGACACUGUUCACAAAACUGAAUGUUCAAAAAUAAAAGGUUCAGCUAAAUUGAAGGUGGUUAGAAGGUGGUUUUGUUAAACAAUGCCUAAACUUUAUUUAACUAACUGGGCAUGGUUGUUUCAUGAUGUUGCUGGAUAGAUAGUAUUUGGCAAUAUUAGCUACCUGGCUAUUGUUCUUAACUUAAGCAAGUUUAAAAACACUCCCAGUCAAUUUUUACACAUAACUCAUGUUUCUUGUACCACCAUACUCUAUUUUAUUUGAUUACUUAAAGAUACGCAAAGAUGUGGUGGUUUCACUCAAUAACAAUUUCCUGGACACACUGAAUGCUGCUUGGAAUGAUCAUCAGACUUCAAUGGUGAUGAUAAGAGAUAUUCUCAUGUACAUGGUAUGUCAACCCAAAUGAUGUCCUAGUAUUUUAUGACAACAGCACGUUGGUAUUUGUUCCUUAAAACAGUAACAAGUUUCUCUGUAAGGCUUUCCUGGGUAAAUGUAAACAAACAGUGCACCAAAUCUUUUCAGUAAACACAGCUUGGUUAGGGUGAAAGGGAGCAGAGUAGUUGGUUGUUCACAGGGCACAUUUAAGGAGAUGAACUCUGGGUAGUGGAGCACAAAUCCAGUGAGUGGUAAGGUGAAGGACUUCACCCAAGGGAUUACAACUGCAGUGCACCAGCCUCUGAGUCUUCACACUUGGCCAUCCUGCCUUUGCUAUUGCUGGCUUCAUGUCAUAGAUAACUGAUUAGUAAAUAAACCCUUUAACUCCCAAGAUCUCACAAGUAAUUCUCCUUACUGUCUGCCAUACAGUUCUUGUGAUAUAAGUCAUAAAGGAGAAAUUGGUAUUGGAUCAACUUGUAAUCCCCCACUUGAUAUUUUUCUCUAUUCUCAUCACUUGUCUGCUUGAUAUUGUAUUGAUAUUGUAAGGAGAAAUUCUGUCUUGGUCACUCAUGGGAGUUAAAGGGUUAACACUGAUAGCCAGUGUGUAAAGGUUAAAGCCUUAUAAUUUGCUCUUUAUAAAUUUGCUUCCUUAAUGUUCAACCUUCAACAAAUUUUCACAUUUUUUUAGUGCACAACAACAUCUGGCUGGAAAUUUUAGAGCUUUCUGAAAAAUUUUUUUCUUUUAACUCUAUGAUUACUUCCACAGGAUAGAGUCUAUGUUCAACAAAACAGUGUUGAUAAUGUCUACAACUUGGGAUUGAUCCUUUUCCGUGACUUGGUGAGUUUCUGUGCUGGGUUAUUAAAUUUGGUAGUAGACAAAGCCAAGCUAGUUAUGACAUCCUACUAAAAUUCUUCAUAUGAGGUUGUUGAUGAAAACAACAUGUUUUGUUUUUUUAAUACUGCUAGUCAAUUGCUAGAUCAUUUGGUCAUUUAAGUAGUUUAUCAUCGACAUUUAAUUUCCAGGAUUUGCCUCUGUGGCAAAUUUAUCAGUAUCCAUGUCACAUUGAAAACAAACCAAUAGUUUGUUCAUCACAGUUUCUUGUAGCUAAUACCCAUCACUAGAUUACACGUUUUUCCCUUUUUUCAAGGUGGUGAGGUAUGGUAAUAUCAGAGAUCAUUUGUGUCAAACAUUACUCACACUUGUCAGAAGAGAACGGAAAGGAGAAGUUGUUGAUAGGUAGCUGGAUAAUUUAUAAUCAUAAUACUUGUAACUGUCAAAAGAUACUAAAUAUAGUUAUGCAUUAGAUGCCUUUGGAAGUCAUGGACUAUCCCUUCUCUCACCAAACUGUUGAUUAAAAAGUUAUAUGUUGUCGUUGUUUUACCACACUGAAGUAACCUUUUAUAUUUCUUUUUCCUGAAAUUAUGGCUCAUCUUGUUUCCCCCUGUAUUCAUUGGUUAGGAUGGCCAUUAGAAAUGCUUGUCAGAUGUUGAUGAUCCUAGGAAUUGACACAAGAAGUGUGUAUGAGGAGGAUUUUGAGAAACCAUUCCUUGAAGAGUCUGCAGAAUUCUACAAGGUAUAAACUUUCUGGCAGGUCCUGCAUUUGUUAGCAUCCAUGCACAAGAGGAAACUUAAUGGCUUUGCCUCAGUUCACUUGUCAAAAAAGAAAGUGAUUCAAGGAAUAUUUUGAAAUUGGGCUGUAACUUGUUGAUUUUUUCUCAAAAUUUACAUCAAAAAUAACUUUAGAGUCCAUGAUAUAUGUUAUUGCUCAAACAUUUAUUGCAUUUUGCUUGAUCUUUCCCCAACAGUUGGAAGGUCAAAAGUUCCUAGCAGAAAACAGUGCAUCUGUUUAUAUUCAGAAGGUGUGUCCCUCUUUGAUGGAUACAUUUUCAACAGUUUUUGAAUUGGAUCAUGUCUUUUUGCAAUGAAUUUGUUGUGUAGUUACUGACUUCAAGGCUCCUCCAUCAGGUUGAAGCCAGAAUUAAUGAAGAAUCGGAACGGGCCAAGCAUUACUUGGACCCUACUACAGAAGAACCUAUUGUUAAGGUAAUGACAUGUGGCUUUUGAUUAUGGAGAUUAAAUGAAGAGAUGCAUGGGAGAAAGCCUUAGUGACUUUUGGUGAAGUGUUUGAUUCUACUUGUAAAUUGUCUUCUCUUGAGAAACAACAGUAGAAGUAGAUAUUAUCUCAAAAGUCACUUGGGGCCUUUUUCAGUGCAACCCCUUUAAUAAUUCAUUGGAGAAAAAAGCAAUAAGCAUUUACUCCUUGGGAAUAUAGGGAUUGGUGUCUUUCCUUUUUAGGAUGUAAUUUGAUGUAUUUGUUUUUGGUUGGAAAAUGAUUAUUUUCUCAACAGGUUGUGGAGGAGGAGUUAAUACGUAAACACAUGAAAACAGUGGUGGAAAUGGAGAACUCUGGUGUUAUCCAUAUGCUAAAACACAACAAAAUAGAAGGUUUGUGUUCUGUCUUCUAUUGCAAUUUUCUCACCAUAUCAGCAUGGACAGUUUCCUAUAAGCAAAAGAGAACCUUUGAAAAAUAAUUUGCUGUCAUACUGAAACACAACAAGAAUUAUCCCAAAUAGAAAAUGGAUUGAUGAAGAUGGGGAAGAUGAGCACUGAUUGAAGUUGACAAACUUGAAAACUUGAAUUUUAAGAUCUAGCUCGUGUAAUUUUUUAUGUAGUAUUUGUCAUAAUUGCUCCUCUGAUGAUGUGCUGCUGGUGAGGUAUUUUUAUACCUUUUUUAGAUGGAAAGGUUAACUAAGGACCUUACAUAAAAAGUAUUAGAAUGGAAAAUUUUCUUGUUUUGUUUACAAUUUAGACCUGGCAAGGAUGUACCGUCUUUUUGUGAGAGUCAAAGAUGGGUUGAAAACUGUGUGUGAUUGCAUGAGGGGAUAUUUGCGUGAACAAGGCAAAGCUCUUGUCAUUGAAGAAGAAGGGGAAAGUGGUAAAAAUCCCAUCACAUACAUUCAGGUACAAAUUUCUUUUCAUCAAGAUUCAUUGAUUGUUAAGUUUAUGAACAUAUUAGUGCCAGGUAUGUGAUACUGUGGAGGAGGGGUUUUCUUUAACAUCCCAGCAAGUUUGAAUUACUGUAUUCUCAUUAUAUAUCUCCUUGAGAUUUUGAUGCUGAUCUUAGCAGUAUGUAGGAUGCUUGCAGCUUGAACCUAGUAUAUGACCUAGCUCAGUGAUGAGAUCUCUGUAGCUCAGUUGGUAGAGCAUCUGACCAUAAAAUGAGAAGGUCUGAGGCUUGAGUCCUCCUGGUAGAUCAGAUUUUCUCUUGUGAUUAUCUAAUGUUUAUGGAGAAAAUGCACAAUGUCCACAACUAUCACCAGCACACAAUAUGUGAGUAGAAAAAGAGAAAAAGUAUCUGACCUUGUAGGGAGCAAUUUAAAGAAUUCCUCUUCCCUCAGCCAUCAUGUUGUUACUUGUUAUUGACAGAAUAAAUGUAGUACCAUCUUGUUAUUGACUCCACUCACAUCUUUUUCUUUGUUUUACCAUUUUUUUGUUUUUUGUUUUUUUCAUUUUUCAGAGCCUACUAGACUUAAAAGACAGAUUUGACCAUUUCCUGAACAAUUCAUUCAAUAUUGACAGGUUAUUCAAGCAAGCUAUAUCCUCUGUAAGUUCAGGAGUUAUCGGGUUAUUUGUGACAUUUGUUUGGAGUGUGAAUGCUGCAAUAUAAUACUUGCAACAACAAAAAAGUACAAAUACUACAACAUCAACUUCUUUCCCAUUUCUAGGAAUUUGAACAUUUCCUUAAUCUCAAUGGAAAAUCCCCUGAGUUUUUGUCGCUCUUCAUUGAUGACAAGUUGAAGAAAGGAGUAAAGGGGGUAAGUUGUAUUAAUUUUACUACUUUGUUUUCACCUUCAAAUGCCUUUUAUGUUUUUGUCUGGUACAAAGCAGUUAUGUUCUGUACUACAUGUAGAUGUAGGUUGUCUAUUAGAGAUCCGAGUUAUAAAGUAAACUUCCAAAUCUGUUCAACCAGUGCUUUUUUAACUUGUUAUUUCAGCUUUCUGAACAAGAAGUGGAAACAGUUUUGGACAAAUGUAUGGUGCUGUUCAGAUUUCUUCAAGAAAAGGUGAUAGAACUUAGCCUUCAAUAACUGCAAUCUUGCUUUCUUUCAGUGUUGAAAUUUUGGUGAGUAUCUUUAAACUCAACUCCAUUCCAGACCCUUCUUGAUAAACUCAGUCUAAACAUAAGAACAAAUUUAACUUGACAACCUGAAGGCCUAUUUUAUUUAGCCCGUUUUUUGUUAGAUGAUGCUAAGGAUCACAGUGCAAAGGCUAUCACAUAACAAGGAAUUGUUUUUUUAGGAUGUUUUUGAACGGUACUACAAGCAACACUUGGCCAAAAGACUUCUUCUGGGAAAGAGCAUUUCAGAUGACUCAGAGAAAAACAUGAUUUCUAAGCUGAAGGUUAGUCAAUGGUUAAAAAGUACUCUAUAAAUAUGACACUAACAGUGAUGUAUCAACAAUUAUUAUUCUAAUGUCUGUAAACAUUUCAAUAACACUGCAUGUAUUUUCUUUUCAGACCGAGUGUGGUUGUCAAUUUACAUCCAAGCUGGAAGGCAUGUUUAAAGACAUGACACUGUCACAGUCAACCAAUGAUGAAUUUAGAAGUCAUAUUUCCAACAAUCAGGUAAAUAGGAAAGUACUUUCCUUUUUGAGAAAACAAGUCAUGACAAUAAUUAUGAUUAUAAUGGUAGGAAUGAUAAUGGUGAUGUUAAUAAUAGAAGCCAUGAUGAUCUUGAUGACAAUGACAAGAUGUUUUAUUGAUUCCUAAAACUGAAAUCAUGUUUUUAAUUACAAGUUUGAUGUUCUGUGGCUAUCUUUAGAUCAAUCUGAUGGGUGUGGACCUUGUGGUGCGUGUCCUAACAACAGGUUUCUGGCCAACUCAGUCCUCCUCACCAAAAUGCACAAUUCCUCCCCAGGCCCAGCAUGCCUUUGACUGCUUCAAAAGGUGACAUAUGUGACCGAAUGAAGUCCGAGUUGUACUGAAAUUGAAAACUAUGGACAUGGAAUGAUAAAUUAUUUACUUUUUUGUGUGUUGUACUCUACAGGUUCUAUUUAGGUUGUCACAGUGGAAGACAGCUGACUCUACAACCACAGCUGGUAAGAUCUGUUUUACCAUAUAUUUUUACUGAGUUUGUCUUUUUUAUUUAACAAACAGAUUCCAAGUUUCCGUACGUCUGUUCAGUAAUAGGUUACAGAUGACGUCAAAAUGUGGUAAGAACAAAAAAGUGGCACACGAGGCGCAGCCGAGUGUGUCAUUGAUGUUCUUACCACAUUUUGACGUCCUCUGUGAUCUAUUACUGAACAGACGCGUGGCAACUUGGAAUCUAUUAGUUUUAUAUAAUUAAGAAUUAAAAAAAGGUUUAAUGAUGACGUCAUCUAUAUAUCUGUCCUUCAAUAGAUCAUAAGUGAGAACCAAUCAGAAUGCGUGCAUAACUGAGCUUAUUAUAUAAAGAUCAAUAGAUCAUUGUUGCUUAGCCAAUAGAGUAUCCUCAUGAUUCUUUUAUAGUCAAAUAAUCUAAACCUCGGUUCGAAAGGAAUAAUCCACCAAGUUUUCAGUCGUUUCUAAGUGCGAAAUUACUUUCAGAGUGAGGGAAGUAACAAUAUUGGUUUGGUAAGACGAAGAAACACUACUACAUUAAGAAUAAACUGGAAAAAGGAACUGAGACGGUUAAGGAUGGAGAAGAUUCACAUGGAUUGGAAAUGGCCACACUGUAAUAUUGAAGGCCAGAGUAUUACUUAUAAACAAUCGAUGAAUUAGCUCUUCUAAGCUUUUUCUUUGGCUUGCAAUUUUUUCCUGAAGUAAUGACUAAAACAACAACAAGAAUUGAUUAGUUCCCCUUCAGCAUGAACGAAGAUUGUACCUUUUUAUCAACGUUAACAUGACUUGUGGUAGUUGUGAUGAGAUGCGAGAUCUGUUUCUUGUUAACAGGGAACAGCUGAGCUAAAUGCGACAUUUCCACCUUCCAAGAAAGUGAGUACCACGUUUUGACAACUAUUGAUUUUGAAAAAAUCGACUGAUCUUUUAACUUUGAUGACAGGUGAUUAUUUCUGUAGUUCAAAAUGUUUUUAAUACAGUUACUUUGUGUUAUCAUUGUGUUGUACUUAAAUUUUUGGUUCAAUUACGGUUUGUAACUUUGCAUGUUUCCACCGCACUUCCAGUUAUCUGUAUCUUUACAUGUUUAUUACACAAUUGAUCUGGCUUUCCAACAUUUUAGCAACGUUUUCGAAAGAUUCUCUGAGUAACAAGUGUUAUUUUAUCUUUAGGAGGGUGGUCCGACCGAGACACGUCGACAUAUAUUCCAGGUCUCCUCGUAUCAGAUGUGUCUGCUAAUGCUUUUCAACACACAAGAACGAUGGACGUAUGAGGUAGGUAUACACGACUCAAUAGACAGCUGAUGAAGGAGGGCGCAUUGGGCGACUAAGAAGUGCAAAAGGCCCCUCAAGUUCUCUUGUGCCGUCCCUACAUGUGUAUAUUAUCACAUCUACUCAAGUUGUGUAUUUUUUCGUUGCAGGAAAUAAGUCAGCAUACAGAAAUUCCCGAAAGAGAUUUAAACCGAGCGCUGCAGUCAUUAGCAUGUGGGAAAGCGACACAGAGGGUUCUUACUAAAGAUCCUAAAGGAAGGGACAUAUGUGAGUUGAAAACCUGUGAAAACUCUUCACGCUUCUACUCAUAGAUACUGGAUAGGUGAUGCCACUAAGGUCUCAAUGGGGUGAACCAUAAGCCGUAAAUUGGCAAAAAAAAUUUAGCUGUCAAGCGUAAAUAUUGACCAGCAAAUGUUAACCGUUUAGUUAACCUUUUAAAAUUUUUCAUUUAACCGAAACGAAAAGAAAUCAUCCGUUAGCCGUAAAAUGGCCACGAUUUUAACCAUUAGCCGUAAUAGCCAUCACCCCACAGAUACCCUCUACCACUAACUGAGCUAGGGAGCUAAAUGUUGGGUUUUUUUAUUGUUUGUUUAUCUCUCUGUCUGUUUAUUUACUUAUUUAUUUUAUUUUUUUAUUUUCGUGACCUUAUUGUCUAUGAUUAAUACAGCUGCAAUUUACCUUUGAGCAUCAACUCUGAUGUCAUGAUAAUGAUGAUUGAUGAGUGGUCAUGUUGUUCUUUCCAGCACCAACGGAUGUGUUCUCAGUGAAUGAACAAUUUACGUCCAAAUUACACAGAGUAAAGAUACAAACAGGUACAGUUCAGCCUCUUCUCCUUAAGCCUCUUCUUUCCUUUUGAAGAAACCGUUGUCAAACUUUUCUCUCUCUUCUCUGUGCAGUUCUCGCCAAAGGUGAAAUGGAACCCGAGAGGAGGGAAACCAGAAAUAAAGUGGACGAAGACAGAAAACAUGAGUAUCCUUUGAAGCCUCUAACUGUUAAGAGUGACUUGCAUCUUUUAAGAUUAAAAUCACUGCUGAAUCAAACAUCAAGGUCAUGAGAAUAAAGGAUAUGAUCACCAACUGAAGAAGAUAUUGAUUCUCAAACAAAUUCUCCGUGUCAGUACUCUAGAAAACGUCUGGAAAACAGUGUGGAGAAUAUGCAUAAUGAUCGUUGGGUGUAAAGGGUUAAGACAAACUCUGUAUUCUGAGAGAAACGGUGGUCUAAUGGUUAGCGCCGUAGAAUCACGAUCCUAAGAUGCAGGGUCAAGCCCGGGCUGAGUCCUCGUGUCGUGAAUAUUUACGAAGCUGCUCUUGACCGGAACGCGUGCAUGCUUCUUUGCGUUUUCUUAUGAUUUCGUGCUUGACUAUGACCAAAAAGCUAUAACAUCUUUUAGUAAUCUGAGCUAUAGUACAGAGUAUUUAUUUCCUUAAUAAACUACAGAAUUGAAGCCGCCAUUGUUCGAAUAAUGAAGGCACGGAAGAAGACACCACAUAAUCUCCUAGUAGCAGAGGUUUGUAUUAAGAGGCUUGAAUUGUAGUAAUGAAUUAGAUUUUCCUCUCUCUUUGAAGCAUUCCUGUGAACUCGUGUUUGUGUUUGUCGUGAGCAGGUAACUGAACAGCUUAAAGCUCGAUUCAUGCCCAGUCCACAAGUUAUUAAGAAGAGAAUUGAAGGCUUGAUUGAAAGAGAAUACUUGGCCAGGACUCCCGAGGACAGGUCAGUG